UAAAUUGCCUGGCCAAGCAUCUCAGAAUCGGUGGGCAUUCCACCGAAGAUGUUCCUGAGCAUUCAAUUCAGAUAGAGUUUGUUUUAUGAUAUAUGUUGUCUCAUGGUACCGCCUCGAUACCCGCUCUGUCUCCCCAGAAUUCCCAUCCAUAAGUAGCUGCUUGAAGUCUCUCCGUUUUGAAUAGUUGCUCAAUCACUUCGCUUUCUUAUCACUCUUCAAGAUGGUUCAAAAUUUCAAACUUCUAUUAGCCGGCCUGGCUUCCACAAUCUUCGUUUCCCCCAUCUACGGUGCAGGACCACCAGCAUUUCUCCUCGCAGGUGAUUCCACAACGGCCAUACAAAAUGCCGCUAAAACAGGCGGUGGUUGGGGUGAUGGAUUCAUAUCUACCCUUAAAAACGGAGCUGGUGGUAUAAAUUAUGGACACAACGGUGCAACGACUGUGAGCUUCGUAAGUGGUGGUGAUUGGGCAAAAGUGCUGGCAUCGGUAGCGACGUACAAGUCGGCCCAUACAACUUUCGUGACUAUUCAAGUAAGUGGCAUUGAACGAAGAAAGGAGGUGGUGAAACGUAGUUGACAGGUAGAAUAGUUCGGACACAAUGACCAGAAGGCAAAAGCAAAUAUCACAGUCGCGGAAUACAAGACCAACCUGCAGAAUAUGGCGCAAGAUGUCGUGGCUGCUGGAGCGACACCGGUAAGUCGUGAUCUCUUCAUCUAUUAUCUACGCCUCAUAUCAUUCAAACACCAACACCUCCAACACCUCCAUCACUUUCAUCACCUCCAUCACUUUCAUCACCUCCAUCACUUUCAUCACCUCCAUCACUUUUGGAUCGCAAGACCAAAAAUAUAUCCAUUGACGACGAAAUAAUGGAGGCCGAACCUUUCGAAGUACCGUAGAUAAACUUCAAACUUCUCUAACUUUUGAUAUCUAGAUUCUUGUCACUCCUAUCACUCGUCGAAAGUUCAGUAGUUCGGGUGGUGGUGUCGCUCAAGAUCUCGCUGUCCAAGCAAACGCAACCAUUGCCGUUGCGAAAUCUAUCGGUGCAUUCUACAUCGAUCUUAACCGCGCCUCUACGGACUAUGUUAAUGCCAUCGGCGCGACUAACGCUGAAACGUAUAACCUAAUACCUACGGAUUUCACACAUAUGAAUGAAGCGGCAAGUGUAUUGUUUGGAAAUAUGGUCAGCGGGUUGAUCGGUAAAUCCGUGGGCAGUGCUCCGGGCUUCGAUAUCAAGACUUAUACAACGCCAAAUGCGACGAUUGCAAAAGAUAUUGCGAGUGGGACUUAUAUCUUCCCCAGUGGAUUUGGAACUCUGCCAAGCAAUACCCUCUCGGCAUGAAGAAGCCUUGAGAUGGGAAAACCUGUGGGGAAAUUGUACAUAGUUUAAAAUAUCGAGAUGUUAAGAAUAUUCUCUCACUGCAUAACCUUAAUCUUUUGUUCUCGGCCGGGUAACGAAGAAAUGAUCCCGUGAGACAUUGAAAGAUAAAGAUAAAUCGCAA